AGCUCCAGAGUCUGAUGGAGACAUUUCCACGACGAAAAGUAGUCUUCAUUUGCCAACAUGAGGACGGCUCACACUGAGGAUACACUUGACUAUUUCUCUUGAGACCUGUCAGAUCGGGUUGACUCCUUCAGCCGGUAAGCGGGAUAUUUGCUGGUGAGCAGCUGCAAAAGAGACAUCUCGAAUCAACCGACUCAACUCUAGCAUACAGACUGUGCUUGAGUCACCCACAGUUUAUGGCAUUGUUCCACAUGGACAUGGAUCAUUGGAAGGCUGAGACCCUGUUGAAGAGUUGGGAAACCUGUGUGAAAUGAAGACGAAUAACCACCUGGAGAUUAACAGAACCUCUGCUGCAGAAACCUACAUUUUUUUUCAGGGAACAAUAUCCUGAUUUUUCUCUCCACAUGCCUUGCUCUGGGUCUGUGUCGCAAUGCCGUUAUCAGACUGCAAGUGUACGAGCAACACGCCAGGUGACUACAUUCACAGCCUGCACAGUUGGCCUCUGGCUGAAGACUACGGAAAGAGCUCCGUCAGGACGUUCUUUCAUUUCAGGCACAUGAAUGUUCAUGAAAAUCUCAGGAUCAAGCAAGCUCCCUUGUUGUUUUUAACCAGCCUCAGGCACAUCUCAAAGGUCAAAGUAGUUAGCUUCCUCCUGGGCCUGACGUUCAUGUUCCUCAUCAUGGCUUCAUACAUCCUGACGUGGGACAAGAAAAGACUGUUGCUCACUGCCUUACCCUAUCAGCUCAGACCUGUGGCCAUCCCGACCAUCAUGGCCACAGCAGACGUUUCUACCGAGGAGAGUCUAAUGGACGCAAAAGUCAUCUCCAUUAAGGAGUACACAUCCAGGACGGUGCCUAAUCAAAGGGACAUCAUUGACACAGAUUUGCAUUUGUUUUCAGUAAUCCCUCGCCGUUUCUUACCUGGCAUUAAAAGCCCAUGCUGGUAUGAGGAGUUCUCCAGCGAACUGAACAUGGACCCAUACGGGAAGAACCACUUCAGUCUGCGAUCAAAGAGCUUCAAAAGCGCGUGUGACCACCUGAGAGCCAACUUCCACCAGCAUGUAUGCCACAGAGACGGAAAACACUUCCGCCUGCGCUGCCUGCCAUACUUUUACAUUAUUGGUCAACCAAAAUGUGGCACAACAGACUUGUUUCACAGACUGCUGAUGCACCCGGAGGUAAAGUUCAACAUCAUAAAGGAGCCGCACUGGUGGACUAGGAAACGCUUUGGUUAUAUCCGUUUCAAAGAAGGUUUCCAGGAACGUUUUCCAGUGGAAGAUUACCUGGAUCUGUUUGACUUGGCAGCCCACAACAUCCAUGAAGGAAUCAGUGGAAAUUCUUCUGGAGACCACCCUGCACUUCAGAUUAUCACAGGUGAAGCCAGUGCAUCCACCAUGUGGGACAACCAAGCUUGGAGCUAUCUCCAUGGAGACAGAGAAGAGUCAGCGCCUCCCUUCCUCGUCCAGGACUUCAUCCAUGCGGUCCAACCUGGUGCUAAAAUCAUCAUCAUGCUCAGAGAUCCAGUAGAGAGGCUCUACUCCGACUACUUGUACUUCACCACGGCAAACAAGUCAGCAGAGGACUUCCAUCAGAAGGUCGUGGACUCUGUGCGAUUGUUUCAGUCUUGUCUCUCUGAGAGGUCACUUCGUUCCUGUGUCUACAACACCAGCCUCUUCAACGUCAUGCCGGUUCGACUAACUCUGGGAAUAUACUUCAUAUUUAUACUGGACUGGAUGACGACAUUUCAAAGAGAACAGAUUUUAGUUCUUCGACUGGAGGACUAUGCAGCCAACCUUAAAGAGACAAUCAAGAAAGUUUUUGAUUUUCUGAGUUUAGGACCUUUGUCAGACCAGGUGGAGACAGCACUGACCAAAAAGCCCAUGUCUAACACCCGGCGGGCGCAGGACAGGAGCCUCGGCCCCAUGCUGCCAGCCACUAGAGACAUCCUCAAUACAUUUCACCAGCCCUUCAACCAUGAACUGGCCAGCUUGUUGGAAGACAAGGCCUUUCGCUGGAGCAAAAUCUGAGGGAGAAUGAGCACAGGAGAGACGUCGGAAGUGACUGGUCACAGCAAGAUACUCAAUAAAUAAUCCCACAGGAGAAAAACUGUGAUAUUUAUUUGCUUUUGACAGAAUGAAAGUGAAUUAUCAAGUGUGUAAUUAAA